AUGUACGUAAUAUUCACAGGUCCAAGUGGAUCGGGAAAAACUUCUAUUAUUAGGUAUCUUGUAAAGAAUUACAAUCUUUUAUUAAGUGUAUCGUAUACUACUAGGCAGAAAAGAGAAGGGGAAGUAGAUGGCAUUGAUUAUUUUUUUAUUUCUAAACAAGAAUUUAGUAAUAAAAUUGACAAUAAUGAAUUAGAAGAAUAUACAUAUUUUAACGGUAAUUUUUAUGGUACACCCAAGAAUGAUAUAGAAAACUUAAUAUUAGAUUUAGAAUAUGAAGGUGUUACUUAUUUUCAUUAUAACAAAAAAGAUUGUAUUCUUAUUUAUAUUGAUGUUGAUAUACAAAUACUAGUUGAUAGAUUAGUUAGUAGAGGAACAGAUGAACAAGAAUUACGAAAUAGAAUGGAUAAAUAUUCUAAAUAUGAAGAAUUAAAAAAAAUUAUACCUUUUGAUUUUAUUGUUGAUAAUAAUGGAGAGUUUAAUUCUUCAGUAAAAAUUUUAGUAGAUUUUUUAAAAAAUAAAAAUAUUAUUUAUUGUUUGUAA